CAAACAUGUUCACUACAACAUUUUCUUUAGAAAACUUGAAUUUUAUAUUUGCUUGCCAGAACUCAGUAUGUCCGUUGGUAAACAUGUUUUACGAGUAGUUAUUGGAGAUAGAGGGGGUGAACUUGUAGUGGCAGGCAGCAUCAAAGUUUGUGAUAUCUGCUUGAGAGGUGACGCUCUUCUGUUAUUGGAACCAGGCACUGUCACGGUUAUCGACAUCGAUGUGAACUUCAGAGUGGGAAGCAUUGAUUCAAACUUGAGAGUGGUAUGGAAAAGCCUGGGAUGUCUGAUACCACGUGAUCUCUCACAGCGCGUGAACAACUUUUUUAACUGGAAUAUUCCCCUUUACUUGGACAAAUACUAUUAUGUAAUCAACACAAUUAUCGGUGAAGGAAUCAGACGGCUUGUUAACUGCUUCUGGUAAACAUCAGGAUUUAUUUUGAAGCAACUU